CGCUUCAGCAGCCGACUCGGCUUCCUGGCAGCCCGGACGCCGCUUCUCCCGGGCUCCCGGUCUCGACUCCGCGGAGGGAGAGGAAAUGAGUGCGGCGGCGGCGCCCGAGCGGGGCUGGAAGAGCGAGAAAGUGGACGAGGCUCAGGCCCUGGCGCGGAGUUGCGCUGCCCGCAGACCUGACUUCCAGCCGUGCGAUGGGCUCUCCAUCUGUGCCACGCACAGCCAUGGCAAGUGCUUCAAGCUGCACUGGUGCUGUCACCUAGGAUGGUGUCACUGCAAAUACGUGUAUCAGCCUAUGACCCCCGUGGAACAGCUUCCGAGCACGGAGAUUCCUGCGAAGCCUCAGGAACCCACAAAUACCAUUCAGAUCUCAGUCUCACUCACCGAACACUUUCUGAAAUUUGCAUCUGUCUUCCAGCCUCCCCUCCCACCUGAUUCACCAAGGUACUGUGUGAUCUCAGACCUCUUUAUUGACAACUAUCAGGUUAAAUGUAUCAAUGGGAAGAUGUGUUAUGUGCAGAAGCAGCCGGCACCGCAUUCUCACAAAAUGAGCCCUGAGGAGGUCUCUGCACACGAUGCCUUAAUUUCAAAAGAGAGUAAUACACCAAAAAUAGAUCACUGCUCUUCUCCCUCAAGUUCUGAGGACUCUGGGAUCAAUGCAGUUGGGGCUCACUAUGUGGAAUCCUGUGAUGAGGACACAGAAGAAGGAGCAGAACUGAGUUCAGAGGAAGAUUACAGUCCAGAGAGCAGCUGGGAACCGGACGACUGCACCCUUCUCUCCCCAUCGCAGUCCGAUCUGGAGGUGAUCGAAACAAUAGAAACCACCGUGUGAGCUUCCGGGCAGGAAGACACAUCCUCUGAUCCACACUGAGCUUUCUUGUACUUUCAUCUGAUGGAUCCUUUUUCCAGUGCAGUUGGUAUUUUCUACCUGUCUCUAAUAACCAUAGCAGUUCAGUGGUCUGCUGAUUAGCUUCACUCUUGAAUUAGUCUUAUAACUCAGAUUUUUUUUCUUAUAAACGGUUUUCUUUUGUAUCUUGACUUACUUUCUAUGUAGCAUCUGGUGUCAUUAAUUGUGACCCAGCCUUAAUUUCACAGGGAACUUUGCAAGUGAUGAAGCGAUGAUCACAGAGUGUCAUGCAUCAGGUUGAGGAGCUGCCCAGAGUGAAGGAGACCGCAUUUUCUAAAUAGUCAGUUCUUCACAGAACAACUCUUGGCGUUACUUUUGGAGUACUGACAGGCACCCUUACUGCCCUGCUGGCCCCAUAUGGGAAUCAGCUUACGUGAGGGGAACAAAGUGCGCACUGGUAGAUGCCAUUCUGUCCCUUUUACCUGCUCCCCACCAUCUGCAUGGGGCUCGGCCAGUGUUGCCUGGGUUACUUCUAGGAGGGUACCGGAGGCCAGCUUGGCUCCUCGUAGUGACCAGUGUCUGCGCAACCUUCCAUGCCCUGGGGUGGAGCCAGACCUUCAUUUAAGAGGAGGCGACAUCUUCAAUUUCAUGCUCAAUCCGGCUUUAGCUGAGCACCUACACUCUGCAGAGUGCUCUGGGGAUAUAGAAUGAAUAAGACCUGACUCCCCAUGAAGCGGGACCCACUGUCCAACAUGGGAGAUACCAUAUGCAGGUCACAGUGCCCAGAAUACUCUGGGAACCCAGGAGAAGGAGAGAUGUACCUGGCUUCUAGCUGGGGAAUGCGUUGUAGCAUUUGGGUGGGUUCCCCAACAUUUCCCUGCUUUUCUUAAUUGUUCUUCAAAUCUGGGGAAAACUUUUAGGAAGUUAUGUAUUAUAUAAGUAUUAUAUUUAGGAGGCGACCACAUCUGACAUCUUAAGGGAAAAACAGUAAUAGUUGUAGUUAGCAUGGAAAUGCUAAGAACAGUCCUUUAGGGAUUAGGAAUGAAUCUAAUAGGUUUGGUUAAUUCUGCUUCAUUUGGUUGUAUGAAGCAUUAGAAUGGUUUAGGCGAGAAAUGGGUUAGAAUUCAGUAUAAUGCAUGGGUUUUUUAUGCACAUGCAAAUGCAGUCGAAAUAGUUUGCUGCUAAGUCAGGAGAAUAUAUUUUGUGUAAUAUUCAUUUGCUUUACUACAGUAAUACUCGUAGUCUGUUGUACAUGGUCUCUUUCCUCACACACGCAGAUAAGUGAAUAAUUCUUAUUUUGCUCUCUUCAGAAUUCUACUCCUGAUCUCCAUUUACACCAGGUGUUCUUGUGCGAGUCGGUUAUCUGCCAGUUCUCCAGAUCUACUCUUCGUGAGGCAGAGUUAAGAAUCCAGGAAAUUUAAAUAUGGCCUAAUGAAACUAGAACUAUCAAAGUUGGAGAUAGAGAACUAUUUCGUGUAUUUUAACUGUCCGUGAGUGUGCUCCUGUGGCAUCAUCUUGUGCUCUGUCAUCAUUCUGGCACGUCACUCCUAAGUUUGUAUUUUAAGAAAUGAGAAGAGGCCUGUUCUGUUCUUCCCUGAAGCCUCCAUAGGCUUCCUUCACAAAUCACUCUAGGCCGAAGCUGCUCUUCUAGGUGUAUGUGCAGUUUGAGUGAUUGGCUGGACACUUUGUUAGGUUUAGGUACCCAAAACAUCCACAGGGUUUAGAAAGCAGAGUGUACAUAUUCCUUUGAGAACAAUGUUAGGUAAAACUUUCUACACUAGAUGAAAAUGCAGCAUGAAGUUUUCACUUAUUGAAAUGUAAGGACUCAGCAAGUCAAACCAAUAAGGUGGGGAGAGGAACUCCAGGAACAGCAGGGCACAGGAGAGGACGGGUCGGGCGGGAGUGCAGAAAGGGGCUUCCCCAUCUGCCUGGCCCGCCCAGGCCAGGGGGCUAGGGACAGACAUGUGAUCAGCUCUGCCUGAGGCUCUCGGUGCCUCUUGUGAUUGAGUGGCCAGCCGAAGGGGAGCUUGGGAGCCAGAAGCCAUGCAGUCAGCCAUCACCUAUCUAGGUUGAUGACAGUGGCACUGUGGCCCUGCGUACACCCAUCCCCGUGGGUGAGCUCACUGAAUCCCCUGGUAGGCAUACGGAGGGUCUUUUUUCUCUACAUCAUUCCUAUCAGUUCUCUACUCCGGGCCCUAAUGGAUAGGUGCAUUCCUAUCCAUUAGAAUAAUUGGAGACCACCACCAGGUCACAGGACCACGUUUCUGAAGCUGGCUGUGUCAGGGUUGGGCCCAGUAUCAAUAAUAUCUAUGACUUUUGCCUAGGUUCCUGUUUUUUAAACUUGCGAACUGCCAUUCAGAUUAGCCACAAUUUUAAUGGAAUUUUUGGAUUUAAUAAUGAUUGAUAACACUUUAAAUAUUUGCACAAGCUCUUUAUAAUGAAAAACUCACUAAGCUUCACUUACUAUGAUCUAUUUUGUAGAACUGGAGAUGUUCCAUUGGAUUCUAAAUAUCAGAUGCUCCUGGAUCUCAAAAUAACCUUUUCUAAACAAGCACAAGCAAGAAUUUCUUUUGUCCUAGCACUGUUAAUAUUAAAUUCUCUAGAAAAUCAUGUACGAUUGAACCAGAAUUGUUUCUUUACGCUUGCAUUCCAAAAACAACUGAUAAGGAUAUAAAAAUGUGUAGUUUCAACUUAAAUUCUAGGCCUGUUCUAUAUAUAAAAGAAUUUCUCUGUAAUCCUGAUAUUAUAUUGCUCACUUGUAUAAACAUAUUUAUAGGCACUUUAGAAAAUGUUUAGACUGCAAUGUGUAUUAUAGACACUGGACACAGUCGUGUUAAGUAGCCUUUUGGUUAAUACUUGUACAUUGAGAGAUAUGAAAGCUUUAAACUUGGACCAGCUGGCGUGCUCACCUGAACAAAGGGUUGGGCUACGUGGAUGGAGAAAACUGCUUUCUUGGGCUUUUGUAGAAACUUGGCACCAUUCCUACUUUUUGAAAGUUGUAAAAGCUAUUAGGUAGAAGAUACAAAAUAAGCGCUGUGAGGAAUUCAGCUUUCUUAUCUCACUAAGAUUUAUUUCAGAAUUUUUAAGUUUCAAAUAUGCUCAAAACUUUUCUGAGAAAUGAUACAGCAAUUAAAGUGUUUUGUCAUUAUAACUACUUGGUACAUUAACAAAUAAGGCUUUCCAAUCAACUCUAGAUAUUUUUUUACCUCGUAAUUUUCAAGAUUCGAAAAGAGAAUUUGAGGAAAAACCCUAAAGACAAACAGUUGCUUUCCUGAAAAGGAAAAACUUGUAGUUUAAGGAAAAACUUGUAGUUUAAGGAAAAACUUGUAGUAUUUUGUAAUACUAUACAAAAUAAAAUAAAAUAGACCACCCAAACCAGAGCCAAACCAUAGAAGUGUUGCCCUGAAGUACUUUUUGGAUUCAGUCUAGGAUGUGAUUGUCUUGGGGGUGGUGGUUUUAUUUCUUACCCUCUACUUCCUGGCCUGAUUGAAGCAUCACAGUUCUUUCUGAACCUAUCGGAAUAGACUCCUUUUAUGCACUUUUCUCUCUGGGUAGUAGGAUGCAACCAGAUAAUUUAGAAAGGUGUGAACAUAUCCAGAUACAUUUGACGAUAUAAAUACUACUAAAGAAAAAAGCGUAAGUUAAAAUAAUAUUUAUACAGUCAGUUCUUGAUUUUUCCGUCGUUUGCAACAUUUUAUUGCAACAGUUUGGCUUUUUACAUGAGGAAAACAAAAUUUUAACCGUUAUCUUUCCUACACCCCUCUCCAGAGGAGAUAUGAACCAGAAUUAAGGACGUCAGUUGUAUUUCAGGCUUUUUAGAAAGUAGUAUGUGAUUGUGUCUUUUCUCACUGAGGAGAAGGGGAGAAGGGAAUGGGAGUUCUGCUGACUUCAUCAGUACUGUCAUUCUAGGAAUGUCAGUAUUUUCUCACAUCCAAAUAAGUACAAAGACACUUCUCAAAAUUAAUUUUGGAAUUAUUUACCUUUUCAAAAUUUUACGCUCCCUUUCAAUAUUAUGGAUAAUUGAGAGUUGACUGUAUUAGGAAAGGGCCACGUUUCUAUUCGUGCUUUGAGUUCUAAUCUGUUAAGAUCGAAGCAGUGCUCUCUUAAUAGUCCGAACAAGUCUGAAAGCAAAUCAUCGCUAGACGUUUUAAUAUUGAGCUUCCAUAUCAUUGUGUUCAUAUACACUUUUUUAAGGCUGUUUAUACCUUGCAGUAUUCACUUACUGUGCUAUUUUUUAAACCUCUAUUUUAAAGUUUUAAGCACAACGUCGACCAUUCUGUAAUUUCCUACAAUUAUAUUGUUUUCCUACUGACAGCUCAACUUUCCUUUAUGUAUAAUACUUUAGGAAAAUACUACCUUGUAAAAUAAAUGUGAUUUUUUUUCUUUUGUACCAACACAAAUUUGAUGUUUUGGAUUUUGGAAUAUUCUCUUCUUGCAGUCCCCCCUUUUGACAGGUUCUGUCUGAUUUAAGUAACAAUACAGUGUGAGCUAAACAAAACAAAACCAACAUUGUAAAAAUGUGAAACAUUUAUAUUGAGUGCUCACCUUGUACCAGGAAAUAAGCAGUUUACAUCUUUAUUUGAACUUUACAGAAACUUUAUGAAGUACAGGUAAGUGUUAUACAUAACAUACACUAAUGGUCAUCACUCAUAAUAACUCUUAGACCCCUUCGUAAUAAGAACUUUUUCAUUGGGUACAUUAGGUUUAUACAAAUAAAACUUACAUUCCCCCACAAACAGUAUUUCACACAAAGCCACAAGCUUUGUAUUCAGUUCAUAAAUGCCAUGUAAGACAGUUCUACCCACAAGUAGGUCCUUGCGGGUGCGGCCACUUGGUCACCGAGGUUCACGGUCCAGACCUCAGCCUGGCAAAUCCAGGAGAUCAAUUUUACUUUCAGCACACCCAGAAAAGAACAGCUUCCGGAGUUGACUUUUUUUUGAGUAACCUCAUUGGACACUGCUAAAUAAAUUAUUAGUAACAAUGAUAUCAUUGUUAGUAUUAUUAAUAACCAUAGCUCAACAACUACCUUACUGCUUUCUAUGAGUAGUAAUCAUCACAGCAACCCUCUGAGGGAGAUUUCAGCAUCCCCACCUCACAAGCCAGGAAAAGAACUCAAGAAGUAAACAUUUGUGUCCCACGUGGCACAGCUUGUUAAGGAGUCAGGAUUUGAACCCAGUUACUUUGGCUCUAGAGCUCACGAUGUUGGCCCUUUGCCUGUGUUGUCCACUCUUGUAAGCACCCUUCCCACCGUCACGAUACUUGGGGGCUGAGUCAGGAAGCUGCUUAGUGAGCCUGAGAGGAGAGCAGCACCUGUUCCAUUCCUGUCCCCAACCCAGCGAACACCUUCCCACAGGCUCAUGCCUCCCCCAGGGUGGCUGUUCUCCAGGCAGUGUUGGGUAACACCCACAGGCUUCCUUCCUCUUUCUUCCUUUUCUGUGCUCCACACAGACCUU